GUGUGACGUAGCAGAGCAGCGUGAGUGGAGACUCCCCAUCCAGCCCUGAAGCACGGAAAAGAACGGCCGCUUUUCCUUCUGUUUCCUCUGGUCCUCUGGUCCAUCUGAUCCGGAUCCUCCAUCUGAUCCGGAUCCUCCAUCCGAUCCGGAUCCUCCAUCUGAUCCGGAUCCUCCAUCUGAUCCGGAUCCUGCAGCUGACAGGGAGAGCAGGUGAAUGUUCAUGUGUAGGGCUGAACAGAGCUGGGCAGGACAAAGGCAGCAGAGAGGAGGCUGAGAUGAAUCCCUCCCAUCCAGGAAGCAGACAGGUACAAAGCACAACACCUGUCAGCAGCAGCUGUUAGCUGGACCCCUGAGCAACUCUUCUUUGUCCUCAGGGCGUCAGGUUUCCUCCAGUUUCCUCCAACUGUGACAAAAGAUCCAUUUUAUUUCAUGAGAAUAAUUCCUAAUAAGUUGAGGAAUUAGCAGCUGAGGGCCCACUGUGGAGCCUCAGGUGGACUUUAAGCUGAGGACAUCUCCUCUGUCCCUCCUGACCGUGAGAGCAGCUCCUGAUGAGUAAAGGGUUAAAAGAGGCGCAGCUAGACGCCAGAGGAGCUGAAGUCAUCCGGCAGAGCGCACAGCGAGGAGGAGGAGAGACACCGAGAACACCUCCUAAACACUGGUCUAAGACGAUUCAAGCUGCUGACGAUCUGCUCUUUUCUUUUCAUCACCUCUUUGUGGUUUCUCUGACACACAGCGCUCCAGAGCUCCAGAGAGGAGGUGGAAGGAGGAAGAAAUAGAAACGCGCAUCCCGGCGCCCUGACUAUGGAUCCAGCCACGCUCGUCGGAAAGCUCUGCCGGUGCUCCUGCGAGGAGCGGGCUGUAGUGCAGGAUGAGAGGUCCGCUGUGCUCCACCGACUGUGAGACCUGCAAGAAAUCCCCCCUGACAGGCUGCCCUCCCCUCAGGGGACAGAAACAGACUCAGUCGCUGCUCUCAGCCUGGAGACUGGAGGCUGGGAACGGCUCCGAUCCGUUUGCGUUCAGUGCGCCUCCUUUCCAGAACUCUCCUGUCCUCACUUUCUCCUGGAGAUUCUCCAAAAAGCCGCUGUCUCUCUGAGCAACUUGGGGGAACUUUGGCCCCCGGAUUCCUGCCCUGAAACCGGCGGGGCUGAGUGUCCAUGCGGGGAGCGCAGUGAGCAUCGUGCGCUCGGCUGGAUCUGGAAACGCAGCUUUGGGCGAUUCUAACUAAAGUCCUGCAAAGUCUCUGAAAGUCCAGCCGAAAAGAUGCCGGUUCGGAGGGGCCAUGUGGCUCCACAGAACACCUUCCUGGACACCAUCAUCAGGAAGUUUGACAGUCAAAGUCGUAAAUUUGUCAUUGCCAAUGCAAGAGUGGAGAACUGUGCUAUCAUCUUCUGCAACGAUGGCUUCUGCCACAUGUGUGGUUACUCGCGUGCUGAGAUCAUGCAGAAGCCGUGCACAUGUAACUUCCUGUAUGGACCUGACACCAAGCGACUGGCGAUCGCCCAGAUGGCGCAGGCCCUGCUGGGCUCUGAGGAGAGGAAAGUGGAGAUUGACCUUUACCGAAAAGAUGGUCAGUGUAUCCUGUGUAUGGUGGAUGUGGUGCCGGUGAAGAACGAGGAUGGGGUGGUGAUCAUGUUCAUCCUCAACUUCGAGGUCAUGACAGACGAGACACUAGACGAUAAACAGGAUCUGAACCAUCGCCUGCCCACCUGGCUCGUUACAGGUCGCCCAAGAGGCUUCAAGUUGCGUCUUCCCUUGCUGCGGUCCUUAUCCAAUAGUAAAGCGUCACUUGACGACGCCGAGGCCGGUCACAUCCCCAUCGCUACACCCCUGCCGCUGCAUCCAGACCACCCCAGUCACAAGUCCUUAGGCCUGGGGGAGUUCCUUCCCCUUCCCCCCCUACCACCAGACCACCAGGAGCAGCUCAGUGGAAGCAGGUCAGCUCUACAGAGUUGGCCAGAAGACCGGCAGGAAGACCAGCGCACCUUACUGUGUACUGAUCCUCCUGUAGCCCAUCACCCAGCUCCUCACCACCUGGUGGGUCCUCUCACCCAGUCCUCACCCUGUGUAGCACCCCACCACCGCCUCAGCCUCAACCCGGACGGCUCGGCCUCUAACUGCUCCCUGUCUCAUAGCCGCUCACGGGAAAGCUUCCACAGCAUGCGGCGCGCCUCCUCCGUAGACGAGAUCGAGGCCAUGAGGCCCGAUUGGGACCGAAAGAACCGGAGAGCAAGUGUCCGACCGGCCAGCAGCAGCACUGGUGCGGUAAACAGCAAGUCAAACAUCCUGAACUCCACCUCAGACUCUGACCUCAUGAGGUACCGCACAAUCUCCAAAAUUCCUCAGAUCACCCUCAACUUUGUGGAUUUUAAACCCGACCCCCUCAUCGCCUUGCCCUCUGGGGAGAUGGACAUCAUCGCUCCUUGCAAACUUAUUGACCGGACACACAACGUCACAGAAAAAGUCACACAGGUGCUGUCUCUGGGUGCAGAUGUGCUGCCAGAGUACAAGCUCCAGGCUCCUCGCAUCCACAAGUGGACGGUGCUGCACUACAGCCCCUUCAAGGCGGUGUGGGACUGGCUCAUUCUGCUGCUGGUCAUCUACACCGCCAUCCUGACACCCUACUCAGCUGCUUUCCUCCUCAGUGAGCAGGAAGAGGCAGCCAUGCAGAGCUGUGGUUACUCUUGCUCUCCUCUCAACGUGGUUGAUCUCAUCGUGGACAUCAUGUUCAUUAUUGACAUUCUCAUAAACUUCAGGACUACUUAUGUGAACUCUAAUGAUGAGGUGGUGAGCCACCCGGUGCGUAUUGCCGUCCACUACUUCAAAGGCUGGUUCCUCAUCGACAUGGUGGCCGCCAUUCCCUUUGACCUGCUCAUCUACCGCAAUGGAGAGGAGACCACCACUCUGAUUGGUCUGCUGAAAACGGCCCGUCUGCUGCGGUUGGUGCGGGUGGCCAGGAAGUUGGACCGCUACUCGGAGUACGGCGCUGCAGUCCUCUUCCUCCUCAUGUGCACCUUCGCUCUCAUCGCUCACUGGCUGGCCUGCAUCUGGUACGCCAUCGGUAGUGUAGAGAGAGGCGGUUCGAUAGGCUGGCUGCACACCCUUGGGGAGCAACUGGGAAAACAUUACAAUGGAUCUAAUCCAGCGUCCGGACCUUCCAUCAAAGACAAGUACGUCACCGCUCUGUACUUCACCUUCAGCAGUCUGACCAGCGUGGGCUUUGGAAACGUGUCCCCCAACACCAACUCUGAGAAGAUCUUCUCCAUCUGUGUCAUGCUCAUUGGAUCACUGAUGUAUGCUAGUAUCUUUGGCAACGUGUCGGCCAUCAUCCAGCGGCUCUACUCGGGGACGGCCCGCUACCACACCCAGAUGCUGAGAGUCAGAGAGUUCAUCCGCUUCCACCAGAUCCCCAACCCUCUCAGGCAGCGGCUGGAGGAGUACUUCCAGCACGCCUGGUCCUACACCAACGGCAUCGACAUGAACGCUGUGCUGAAAGGUUUCCCUGAGUGUCUCCAGGCAGAUAUUUGCCUCCAUCUCAACCGGACAUUGCUGCAGAACUGUAAGGCUUUUAAAGGUUCCACCAAGGGCUGCCUCAGGGCGUUGGCCAUGAAGUUCAAGACCACCCACGCACCCCCGGGUGACACGCUGGUUCACGCCGGGGACGUCCUCACUGCCCUCUACUUCAUAUCCAGGGGCUCCAUAGAGAUCCUAAGAGGAGACGUGGUGGUCGCCAUCCUGGGAAAAAACGACAUCUUUGGUGAGCCGAUCAACCUGUAUUCCCGACCGGGUAAAUCCAAUGCUGAUGUGAGAGCUCUAACUUACUGCGACCUCCAUAAGAUCUUCAGAGAAGAUGUUCUGGAGGUGCUCGACAUGUAUCCGGAGUUCGCAGACCACUUCUGGAACAACUUGGAAAUUACUUUCAACCUCAGAGAUACCAACAUGAUCCCAGGCUCUCCCAGCAGUGAUGAGUCCAAAUGUGGGGGCUUCAAUAAAUUACGGAGACGCAAGUUAUCAUUCCGAAGACGUACCGAAAAAGAUGAUGCAGAUGCAGGAGAAAUUAAGAAGUCCCAUAAGACUGUAAGGCGAAGACAACGUGAGGCAGCCAGCAACCAAAAACAGGACGAGGCACCAAAGAGGCAGUGGGGGGCACAUCGAAGCUCCAUGUCGUCACACUCCAGUGGAGAUGAGGGGGAGGGGACAGUUGUGACUAGUCUGGCACCUCCACCUGCACUGCUGGAGAAUCCGCAGGUUCAAGCCCCACCACUGAGCUACAGCGAGAACACUGAUGGUGAUGGAGACCCCAAGACUGGCAACACCUGCAAUGCCCUGUCAGGGGCAUUCUCAGGGGUGUCCAACAUCUUUAGUUUCUGGGGAGAGAGCCGGGGGAGUGGUCAGUACCAGGAGGUUCCCAGCUGCAGCCUGGCCUCCCCCCCACCCCUCAACACACCCCUGCACAGCCUGAGCCGACAGCAACGGAACCAGCUGGACACACGCCUGGAUCUGCUGCAGAAACAGCUCAACAGGUUGGAGAGUCGCAUGUCAACAGACAUUGGAGUAAUCAUGCAGCUGCUGCAGAGGCAGAUGGCUCUGGUUCCUCCUGCCUACAGCGCUGUUUCAUCACCACCUCAGGCCUCGCCUUACCCAGGUCCUGGUCCAGGACCAGGUCCAGGAGAUAGAGUGGCUCCACCUGUUAUACCUCUGGAGACAGACACACUGACCUCCCUGUCUCAGAUCUUGGAUGUCCAGGACUUUGAGGAGUUCCCAGCGAAGCCCCUCGACUCCCAGGACCCCCCUCUGAUCAACACUAGCCAGAGCCAGCUGGCCCCCUCUGGGCUGGACAGCCUGGGCCAGCAUCUGGAGCUGGAACUGGCACUGGGCACUGGUGCAGGAGUCAUUUCAGGAGUAGGUUCAGGUUUAGGGUUAGAUUUGGGGAACGGGGCAGUGGGGUCAAGCAUAGCAGCAGGGUUAGACUUUGGUUCAGGGGUGUGUAUGCGGGCUGAGGUGGGGCCAACUGCUGUAACAGGGGCAUCGCCUUUGGAUCCUGAAACCCCAAGGAGGCUGUCCCUCCAGGAACCACAGACACCUCUGAACUCACGGACACCACAGAGACACAGCUCUGACCCUGGAGGGAGCUAAGACCGAGGUGGGAGGAGGGGGAGGGGAGUGGGGUUAAGGGAGGGAUACAGAUAGAAUGAGAUUAAUGUUUUAUCCUGCAAGUCCUCCUGUUUCCACCACAACACACGCACUUUGGAGAUCAGGAGGCAUCUACUGUACCUACCACCUAAACUUGCCCAGCUACUGUAUCCUCAACUUCAGCCUCUCCAGUACAGACCCACUGCUGGGAGAGAAUGAAGCCAGGCGGUGGGUCAUGGAAAGAGUAGAGGUCUUUCUCUGUCUCUUUCCUCAGUCCCCUCCCUCUCCUCAUAAAACAUCUGGAGCUUUCUGGGCUCCACAAUGGUACAACCUUUAACCAAAACCACCAACUGAGCAGAGAGCAGCUCUGCCUUUUAGAGAACACAGUCCAGGUGUACCCAGAUCAGUCUGGUCUGGACCUCUGAGGACGACACUCCUAUAGACACACAUUUAAACAACUGCUAACUUCAUGAAGAAUCCCUUUACUGCUGUAUCCGGUGUUGGAUGACUGACGAGAACAAGCAGAGACAACAUUGGACAGAAGAACGACGAAACAAGUAGCCAUUUACGUCUUGCACUGAAAAUCCUAUUGAUAUAAUGAUUAUUCUCUUCUUUAUGUCCGUGGCGCUUCCGAUAAACUCACAGACUGGUUGGUAAAUUGUAGUGUUAGCUGGCCUAACAGGAGUCCUACUGUCACGUUCUGUCAUUAGUUCCUUCCCCCGAUGUCCUGCCCCAAGAGGCCGAGCUAUGGCUGCACCCUUCCCAAGAGCACACUGGAUUGGCUGGUCUGCACCUCAGGGGUGGGAACUGGAGGGUUAAAAGCCAUGAAUUUUCUCGAACAUAUCAGCUGCCCUAUCAUAAACACUGUACAGAUUUGCUAGUGAGUGAAGAACACAUGGCAUGCUUAGGCAGCGUCACCAACAGGUAAACUGGCAAACUGACAAGUUUCCCACAAGAACAGCGCACCAAAAACCCACAAAUAAACAUUUAAAAAGGCAGGAAAUCCCAACUCACUGAUUUCUCGAGCUUUUAGUUUUGAGCUUAAAGACCAACAGUUGAUCAGCGUCUGUAAGUGGAACAGGCAGAGAUAAAAGACAGAGUUGCAGCGCUAAGUCUGACUAACUAACCUCUAACCAUGCUGCUCUGAGUCUCAACAUCCAGUCGAAGCCCAUGCAUAAAGGAAAUAAAAUGUUAUGUGAUUCUAGUUUAUCAGUUGAAUUUGCUACCUCAGAUGUUAUUGGUCCUUACUUUUUUCACCCAAGCACGCACCCAGAAUGCUUCUACCUUGUACAUAAGAGUCUGCCAUGUGAUUCGUAAAUAUACAAGUUUGCCAGUUUACAAAGACCAGCCGAAUGCGCCAUUAUUCGAUGUAUAGUACAAUAUGCAAACACUGGCAACAAGAGAUGUGUGCGUGCGCUUUAAUCUUAUUAUAUGUGUAAUUAGUUCAGGUCUAGAACUUUUUAUGUGUGUUUGUUCUUGUUUUUGUCUUACAGUCUGCAGAGUUGUAUCGUACGUUUGCUUUCACACACUGUAAAGAGGGUCACUGGAUCCUGUUUGUUUUCUUUGCCCCGCAUGAAAAGAUGUGAAUGCCUUGUUUUAACAGGCAUUUGACAGGUUCAGUGUUUGAAUCUAGACAGCACAAACCCUUUACAAUGCAGGUAAAAAGUACUUAAAUGCCAUCCACGUGUACAGUAUCUGAGAUGUGUAUACUGCAGCGAUAGUGGACACUGAGGAUGUACCUGUACUUUAGUAUCUCUGUUUUAGUGAAUACUUUAUAUUAGAUGUUAACUUCUGCCCUUUUUGAGUUCCUCAGACUCAAAUCCUCAUCAUGAAUUGCUCCCAGGCCAACACAGUAACACAGAUUCUCUGAGGUAUGAAGAGGCUCAGACACAGAUGAUUGCUUCACCACCAAUUACAGAGCAGCAUGUAGAGACAAACUGGUAGGGAACAUUUCCCAGUUCAGACUCUAUCAGCCCACAUCAUUCCCAUACAUGUGGACUAGUAGGGAUCUCCUCCACCUUAUAGUAAGCUUCGGCCUCCAUUCUUAUCAUUGAUAAACAGGCAAUUGUGUGAAUAAGUGAGAUUUUACAUCCACAGGAGACAAUGAAGCUUCGGAGCAUUGGGUAAACAUAGCAACCCAAACAACUUCUAUACUACCCAAAUUAUUUUGAACUGAAACUAAAUCAAACACUGAAUGAAAGUCAAAAACAAAAGCUGUAAUUUUAGUCCAAGAUGGCACUUGAACUCAGGUGUCCUGGAUGGAAGUUCACUGACUUACAUCUUCUCAUCCCCUCCAGUAAUGGGGUGGUACUGAAAGGUAGAGGAGGUCCCUACCUGCUGAUAUGUAUGGACAUGAUGUGCACUGGGUGGAAACAUGCAUCAACUGAUUUGGUAGUUCAUCCAAAGGAGGCCAGUUAAAGUCCUUCGUCUGCUGUGUUGAGGAUCACCCAAAGCUUCCAGUGCUCAGGUCUCCCUGGAGUGACUGCAGAGCUGUUAGACAUGAAGGGAAAUAAUGCAUAGAACUGAUGGUCAAACUGUGAAAAUCUUUCGCCUCUAUCUUUCUACAUGAUAUUUAAAUCACCUCAUCAGCCACUAUUUGAAAUAUCCUAUCAAUAAAUUAGCCAUGUAACAUUUCUAAGUGCUCCUUUAGCCUACAGCGGGGGUUCAGUGAGCUACAGCUGAGGCCACAGUCCAGUAAACAUGGACAAAAUGUAAUGAGGAUUUUUAAUGAAUGAUCAACAAGACAGUCCCUCCAGGAUUUCGCGGCGGUUUAUACGUCCACAGUGGUAGAUUUGUUGUAGAAUCACAAUCCUGUGAUCGUCAGCAGGCUGCUGAGGUCGCGUUCACUUGUUGCCAUGGUUACCGUGCCGUUAUUAGACGCCGUGCCGCUAUGAGUCCUUAACAAAUCCGUGAAUCCAAACUUUAAGCCGUAUCACUGCCGAAGUCUAAUCAUUUGGUCCUUGUGUCAUUUCUGACCGACCCUGAAAAUUUCAUUCAAAUCCCUGAGUCUGUUUUUGAGUGAUGUUGGUAACAGAGGAAUGAUUCACACACACCGAUCGUCACAUAACUCUGCCGUGUUCUUUGGUGGAAUAAUUAAUCUAAUUCACCUCAUUCUUUCAGUGCUCUAAUGGAUCUGGAUGCAUCAGUUUCCAUCAUGGUGAUUUGUCUGGUCUGUUCGCUCAUUUCAGUCGUUCUAAUAUGUUUCGUGUUUUAAAAAAGUGGGUCAAUCGAUGAUUUUUUUCUUUUUUGUAUUCCACCACAGUAUUGCACGGGUGUAAAACACUUUAGCUCCGCUUUGGUGAAGAACAUCAGUGAAUUAAUUGUUUAUCAUGGUCUUCAGCAGUAAUUUUUGUUGGUAAAUGAGAGACAUUAGUAUCGCAGAUGUCUGCAUCUUCAAACCAUAAACAAGGAAGUGAAUUCGGUGACGUAUGUGUAUUAUGUUUGCACUGGGAGCUGCUAUGAUUGGUGGAACUCACGGGAGGCGGGCCAAAAUUGCAGGAAAGUUGCGGUGACUGGACAAAAUUGCAAGGCCGCGCAAAAUUCGCAGAGACUGGUUGAUUUCGCGUGAAUUUGCACGAUCGCAACAUCGGGAAUUCCUGGAGGGACAGACAAGAGAAUGGCUGCAGACUAAUCCUAAACACAAACAUUAUUGCACAAAGAAACACAUGACAACAGGUUUUAAUAACUGAUGCCUCAUAAACUAGCAGUAAAGCGUUUAGAUGUUUAAUAUCGUAGAAGUACAUGUCUGUAGUAAACCCCAAACCAAGUUAAGAAAUGUACAAAAACAGUUGAAACACCUGAGAAUUACUGCUGGUCUGCUCAGAGACGUCCAUCCUGUGCAUCUGGAGAAGCUAUAUCCAUUACUCUUUAAAUUUCUCUAAAUGAAAUACAGGAUUUAUGAUAAACUGAUGCAUGUAUUUAAAAUAUGGUGAUAGAACUGAACAUGGUGGACGCUGGAGUUUCGUAUGGAGAGCAGGUGCAAUAAAAGCCCUUUAUAUUGGAGCAUAACUGAAAGAACUCCGAGCUUGUUGUGCUGCAUGAAUUCAGUUUCAGCUAAAGCUUUCAGUUUUUUUGAGUUUUGAGUUCUUCAGAUGAAGGAAAACCAACCCCUGUGACAUCUUCAAAUUGUCUUCCCUGAUACUAAAUUACACAGAUCGACCCUUUCCAAGAUCGACCAAGCCAGAGUCACUACCAAUGGAAAAGAAACCCGUUGUUGAAGUGCAAUAGUCCUUUAAACAGUUACCGCCUGUAGCAGCUUAACCACAGUCAUCAGUUUUUAGUACCUUAUUUUUUAAACAGUGCAGAUGUUUAAUAAAGACUCAGGAAUGUGUCUGUGAUGUCUGGGGGUUGAUUUUCCUUCGUGUCACAACUCAAAGCCAACCCAUCAGACAGAAACUGUCCCUUCUAGGGUUUAAUUUUAGUGGAAUUCUCCUUUAAUGCAGAAUCAUGAAGAUUGUAUUUUGCUCCUUGUGGGUCUAAGCUAUUUAAUUUUUUUAUUGGUGUUAUUUUGUUUGUCUGUGGAUUGUAGCUGAAAUAAGUAUCACUUUGUGUUGGGUUCAUUUUGUUGGAGAUGGUGAAAGCUCCACAUGUUCCUCUGUUUAAGGAAAUUUACACUCACGCAGGCAUUCUCAAUAUUUAUUCAAUAUUUAUUCAUUGAAGUGUUUGGUGAGCAGUACACAAUAUUAUUACUAUUGAUACUAUCAUUAUAAUACACUGUACAUUCUGAAUUGCCUCCCUAAUGCAGUCAAAGCCACUUUCAGGACACAGUGUGCACGAGGCCUGUUGUACCACAUUGUCUGUUCCUGUGCACUGAUUGGCUGUAUGUGUGUCACGCUUUAGUGUUGAACCAAAGCAAGCGAAAGCUGUAACAAAUCAUCACUGGUGGCUUUUAAACUCACAUGUAAUGCAGCUCAUGAAGUCUAACAGAAUUUGGUAGUUGGACUGUAGGUGGAACUGGAUUAUGUGUGAUUUUAUUAGCUGACUGAGGAUAUUUCUUACCGUGACUUCAAAACAACAGUAGGUGGGGAGUGUGAUCGGAUCAGUCCAUUUGAACCUAGAGAAUUACUGUGGACGGAGGGUAGUUUGCACACUAUAGAAAGUCACUCUGUCUACUUUCAGCAUUCUGUAGGUAAAACAUGAUCGAUUGCAUGAUGGACAGCUGAUGAGUUGACACUGACCAAAUGUACUGAACUCGGCUUGUUGAUAUUUGGUUUCCUUUGCUGAACAUCCACCACCAUCAGUUAGCUUCGACCAACAGAUUCUGUCUGUGGUCACCAUCAGCAGCUACUUCUAAUAUCCAGUAAAUAUUCAGUCAAUCUGGCAUCACAUUAAGCUGUUUCUUUUUUUUUUCUGAUUUCCAGACAUGGUCUCUACUCUUCAUCUCACGUACUGUAGCGAGUGUUUCGUUAGUGUUCAAUAACAGUCACCUAGUGGCCUGAACUGCAUUUGACCUCAAAACUAGAAUGUGGUUGUUGUUGAUCUUCUUAUUUGACCUUGUACAUGAUGGUAGAGCUUAGCAGAAUAUUCAAUGCUAGAGGAUAUAUUUAUAUAAUGCAUACUGCAUAUUAUAACAGUAGAUGUGUGCUUUAGAAGAAAUCAAAACACUGAGGGACUGUUGUGUUAGUGGGCGGAGGAGGAGGUGUUUAAAGAGAGCGUUUUCCCCUCUUUGUAUUUUGACACACACAUCUGUACAAACAUAAGAAGUCAGCCUGCAGUCACACCUACACACCGUCCUGAACUGCUCUUCCAUACUGCUGAGCUUUUUUCCAGCUCUCUUCAACUUUCUAUAAGUUCCCACAGACCUGGGUCCUGUAUUUGUAGAUAUUUUGAGCACUUGGGGAGGGGGGUUUGGUACCGUUUACACAACACUGGAUCUGCUCUGCCACUCCUUUUGCUCACAAAAUGCCUGUACAUACCAACUUCUACUACUUGUAAAGGAAUCAAACUCUUUGGCACUUGUAUAGCCAGCACUAUGCAGAAACUGAAAAAUUUCUUUGGCAUGCUUUGAAAUGCAGAAUACUAUAGAGGAAAAUAUACUAAAUAAAUAAAAUCUGCUCUAAUUUCUUAUUAAAAUAAUCACCUUAUUGAAAAGAAUGAGCUGUCCAUGGUAUAAAUGGAUGUGAUGGUAAUGAUGAAGCUAAAGACUUUUAAUAUUGUGCACAUUUUUACUUGCAUGCUGCACUGAAAAUCAUCCAGCAAUGAGAAGGUUUCAUGUGCAAAGCAGCUGAUUUUUGCUGUAUGCUUGCAGACUGUGUGUAGAGUGAAACACUGAAUUCUUCCGGGUUACGGGAGUGUCAUAUUUAUAUAUACGUAUAUAUACAUACUACUUCCAGGUCAUGGAAGAGAGGGGUACUGAAUAGCUGCAAACAUAGUGAUCCUAGAUGAUACAAUAUUAUAUCGUAUAAUUGUAUCUUUGGUUGCAAACCACUGUACCGGAGUGAUGCAUGUGUGGCAGUCCUGGGCCGAACUGUUUAAAUGCUUCCCAAACAUCCAGGAGCACUUGAUUUUUCUUAUCUUGCUCCACUUGGACCUGAAAAGUUAAAUCAAGUGCACCUAAAAUAGUAGAAAUCCUGUGUAGCCCAUUUGGGACAGGCUACACUCCCACUAUCAUGGACACAAAAGUGCAGCUCGGACCACAUCUUACUUUGUUUUCAAUGUGUGGGAUGUUAACAUCUGUUAGCAAUAGCAUAUCUUUAACACAUUUCACUGAAAAACACUGAGUCAUGACAUGUCCCAGAAAAACAUUUCUCAGAAAUGUUCCGGAGAUCUUUUUAAUGGCGUAUAUUCCACGGCAGCCCAUGGGAUGUAGUUUAACUGUUGGAUUAAAAUGCAGGGCUGACUAGAGGAGUGCUUCUAGAGGCUCAGAAAACAAAAUUCAUAUCAAAACUGAAGAAGGUUGGAGGGAAACAGUGACGCUCCAGGUUCUGAUUGUGUGAUAGCAUUAGCAAUGGUUGAACUUUAUAAAAUUUCAAAAUGUUCCUUUCAAUAAACCUCUUUGAAAGCAAAA